UGUUGUCACUUGGGACCAAUUGGAUUGGAAGCGCAGAUUGUACAGUGUGUGUUUGUGUGUUAAACAAUAACAAUGGCAGAAGACGACGAAAUAGACAUUCUCGGCGACUUUAAUUUGGAUAAUUAUAAAAGUGAUACUUGUUUAUCACUUGUAUCGGAAAAUUCCGACUUGUUAAACUGCGACUACACAAUUCACCCCCAAUGGUUAUUGGACAAACCGAGUGCAAACCCGGAUAAUUGGUACAAGUCAACUGGCGAAUUAACUGACCCAGGUGAAAAUGAGUCCUCUGGACAUGUGUCCACUGAAAAUUGCAUCACUGAUGAAAGUGGGUGGACUGAAAAAGAGAAAAACUUGCUUGAAAGGGGCAUUGAAAUAUUUGGUAAAAGUAAUGUACGACUAUCGCAAUUCAUUGGCUCCAAAUCUGCUUCAGAAGUGAAGUAUUACCUAAAGAACUUUUACAAUGAGAACCAGACUGCUAGUCGCACAUUUAGUGGCUGUUUAAUAGAAGACAAUGUUAUUAAUGAUACUGAAAUACCAGCAAGUAUUGAAGAAGUCAUUGCUGCUGUAAGUACAGGCAAGUCCUCAAUUUCAAUUUCUUCAAAAAGGGCAAGGAAAAAGAGCAAUUCGUUUAGUGGAGACAGUAGUAGCUCUGAGAUCAGCAACAUUCCCAGUGGCCAGUCUUUACUAAAAUCUUAUUAUUUGAAGGCACAGAAAAAUAAUCCCAAAGAAUUUAAAAAAAAGCUAAAAUUAAAAUCCAAAUUCAAGGUGUCUGUGCACAUAAAUCGACACAAAGAACAUAAAAUCAAAGAGAAGUAUAAAGUUAAAGCUACAGAUGAUGAAAAGAAAAUUGUUGAGACUAGAAAAGUUGAAAUCACAACUGGUGUUGGAUUGGCUGUUCCAAUUUCUGAUGGGGAGGAAAUUAUUAAACUAAAAAAUGUUGAAAAUGAAUCAGAUGAAGAUGUAGAUGUUGAUAUUGAAGAUGAUGAUGAGGAACAAAAAGUACAAAAUAUCAAGGAAAUUGAAAUGAAAGACAAUAUUCCUGAUAAAGUAGAAGUAAAGGAAGAAGAAAACAUAAAGACUGAGCCAGAAGAAAUAAAUGAAUCAAAUAAUGCUUUACAUACAAAGCAGUUUAUAGAUUUAUCUGCAUAUAGUGACGAAACUGUCAGGCAAUUAUUGUUUUUAGAUGAACCUUCUGAAGAAGUGUGUCUGGUAGAAAAUGAGAUUACUGAGUUGGAAAAGGCCAUUCACAAUGAAUUCUUUGAAGGUAGAACCACAAAAACACCAGAAAGAUACCUUAAGAUAAGAAAUUAUAUAAUAAACACAUGGAAAAGUAACAAACCUACUUAUGUAACCAAAACAUCAGUGAGGCAAGGCUUAAAGUCUUGUGGGGAUGUCAACUGUAUAGGAAGGGUGCACUAUUUCCUGGAGCAAAUUGGAGCAAUCAAUUUUGGUUGUGAACAAAUGAAAUAUGUUAGACCCUUGUAUGAUAUGUUACAAACGCAUGCUCCGCAGAAAAAUAAAUCGGUCAAAGAACUAGUCAAGCAAGGUGUCAGAAGCAGUGAAUUAGGGAGCAGACCUAGGAUAAAAAAGAAGUUUGCAAAUGAUGGUGAAGGCGGCUGCACUUUAACCCACGACGAGAACGGAGAAAUUAUCAACACCACAAUCGUCAAUGAAGAGCCAGCGGUUAAACAGCGUUUAUACGUGAAAAAGCCCUCAGUUCGCCUUAUCUUUUGCCGACCUUUCACUGACGAGAAACCACAAGACUACACACUUAACAUUCACCUGUCCGCCUUGCUCAAAAUGGACUUCCACGCACACACAAAUUUGACCGAGGUAAUGGGUCUGGUGGCCGGCCACUGGAACUCAACAGAAAGGAUACUCGAAAUAACCCACUACGAGACUUGCAAGAACAUCGCUUCGUCGGCCACCCACUGCGACAUGUGUCCUAUAUCUCAAGCCAAAGCGGCCGAAUUAAUCGACAGCAAAGGCUUGGACAUUCUCGGCUGGUUUCAUUCGCAUCCGACUUUUGCACCAGAGCCGUCUCAGCAGGACUUGGAGACCCAACAGUCGGUCCAGCAGUGGAUCGGUAACAAACGGCCUUGCAUUGGGGUUAUUCUGUCGCCGUUCAGCUUAAAUGGUGCCUUAAUUGCUUCACCUUAUAGGUGUAUGAUUGUUGAUAAAAAGGUCAAUUUUGAAGACCAGUUUGUGCCUUACAAAUUUCAAGUCAACGUUUUGUCUAAUGAAUUUGUUGUGGAGGACUUUUUGAUGGAGAUGACCAGAGUUUUGGAAGUUGAGAAGGAUGGACCCUUAGGAAGCAAAAUUUCUUUGGAUAAACCGUACUUUCAGGAUACAAGCAUCACAUUUUUGGAUAAGUUCAUUUAUAGUGUGCGAAUGCAUUUAGCUAAGUGCGGAAACUUCAGCAAAAUGACGUGCGACAGUAUUAUUCAAGGAAUCAUUGAGAUUACCAGUAAAUAUAAGUAAUAAAUUUUAUAUUUUUAUUAUAUAUUUAAUUAAUUAAAAUGAAUACGGUUUAAUUUAAAA